AUGCCUCUACCAGGUAAUCCUCCCGAUUCGCUUUCCGGUUUCUGCUCGCCAGGCAUUCAACCUCCAGCUACCUCACGACGCUAUACCAUCACUGACGCGCAUUUGGCGAUUAUGGGACGAGCCGACACGUUCUUAAGAAUAGCUGGCAGACGGCUCACUUUCGGAUACCAUUCGGGGACGAGUACGAGCGUCCCCUCCACCAGACCAGCAUCACAGCUCUUCACAGCUCGUUGGACGCCACGUGUCGCGAUGGGAUUGGAGGCCUCUCACGCGUCACCACAAGCACCAAUUAUACCGUCGGGCACGGUGGCUCACAAUCUAGACGCUCACAACCCUCACCAACUAGACGCUCUCAACACUCACCAUGUAGAACCUUCCAUCACUAACCAGAGUAUGAGCGCGUGCAGUUCCAUGGCUGUUCAAGCUGCCACGGCAGCUGCAGCAACGACAGCGGCAGCAGCCGCAACCGCCGCUUUAGCAGGUCCAAUCGGAGUCAGCCACGUGUGCGCCGGUCUGGAUGUAGAUGCGUUUCCGUUUCACGGAGUCUCGUUCCUUUCCCCUUUGCCCUUCUCGAGAAGCAUCAGCAGCAGCAGCAUCAGCACCAGCACCAGCACCAGCAGCAGCGGCAUGGGCAGCAUGAACAGUAUUAUGAGCAGCAGCAGCGGGGCGCGCUCGUUACAAGGAAGCGGGGGCAGCUGGCAGGCGAUCCAAUUCGCGGCAGGCUCGGGGUCGGGGCUGGGCGGCGCGGCGUGGUGGCGAGAGCUGCACGAAGCUGCCACGGCCGCCACCCGCAGCUGUGAGAACAGCCCGCGCGGACAGCAGCUCAGAGGGAUCAGCCCAAGAGGGGAGAAGCCCAGGGGAGUCAGUCCCGUAGGGGAACAGCGCAGGAGAGAAUUCACUGUGCCUGGCAAUAGCAGUGCCGUUAGCGCGAGCCAUGAACACAGAGAAGGUAUUACUGGCACAAAUGACAGCAGUGCGAGCAGCGGCAAUGGCAAGGAUGAGAGUGUGACCAAAGUUCCAGAAGCGGUGCGGGCGGAUCCGCUUCAGUGGCUGCCGCGGUAUGUGAAGGUGGUGGAGGUGGGGCCGCGGGACGGGCUGCAGAACGAGAAGCAGCAGGUGGCGGUGGGCGUGAAGGUGGAGCUCAUUCAUCGCCUCAUGGCCGCUGGGCUGCCCGUCGUGGAGGCUACGAGCUUUGUUUCGCCCAAAUGGAUCCCACAGCUCUCAGACGCGCCAGAGGUGAUGCAGCGAGUGCAGAGCAACGGCCGCACCAAGCUACCAGUCCUAACACCCAAUCUGAGAGGCCUUGAGAACGCCGUGGCAGCCGGAGCUAAGGAGGUGGCCGUGUUUGCUGCUGCUUCUGAGGCGUUUUCCAAGAAGAACAUCAACUGCUCGGUGGAGGAGAGUUUGGAGCGGUACAGAGCGGUUUGCGAUGCUGCGAAGGAGAUGGGCAUUCCUGUGAGAGGCUAUGUGUCGUGUGCGGUGGGAUGCCCCUACGAGGGUCACAUAGAGCCGGCAGCAGUGGCGAGGGUGGCAAAAGCACUGCACGACAUGGGGUGCUACGAGGUGUCUCUCGGUGACACCAUCGGCGUCGGCACUCCUGGCUCAGUGGCGCCCAUGCUGGACGCCGUGUGUGCGUGUGUGCCGCCCGCCUCCCUCGCUGUUCAUUUCCACGACACCUACGGGCAGGCCCUCGCUAACAUCCUCGUGGCGCUGCAGGUGAGAUGCCUGCACUGCACCUACUGGGGCUGGUUUCGCUCGUGUGUUAGUCUUCUCAAUGGCCUACGAGCUCAUCUGCUUGUUCUCUUCCUCAGCUGCUUAACAUCACUGAGCUUCCCCUCCUGUCGCCUUCCCCUCCUGUCGCCUUCCCCUCCUGUCGCCUUCCCCUCCUGUCGCCUUCCCCUCCUGUCGCCUUCCCCUCCUGUCGCCUUCCCCUCCUGUCGCCUUCCCCCCACCUUCACACACCUCACUACAUAG